AUGGCCAGCAGCCCUCUGCCGGCCCCCCCAGACCUCCUCCUGGCCGCCCCGCCCGGCGCUUUCCCGCCCGAGCCGCUGACCCAGCCGCCUCCCGCCGCCUCCCGCGCCUCCUCGGCCCCCCAGGCGUCCCCCGGCGGCGCCAUGAAGCCCAACCAGGUGGGCCAGGUGAUCCUGUACGGCAUCCCCAUCGUCUCGCUGGUGAUCGACGGUCAGGAGCGCCUGUGCCUGGCGCAGAUCUCCAACACGCUGCUCAAGACCUUCAGCUACAACGAGAUCCACAACCGUCGGGUGGCGCUGGGCAUCACCUGCGUGCAGUGCACGCCCGUCCAGCUGGAGAUCCUGCGCCGGGCCGGGGCCAUGCCCAUCUCGUCGCGCCGCUGCGGCAUGAUCACCAAGCGGGAGGCCGAGCGCCUGUGCAAGUCUUUCCUCGGGGAGAACCGUCCGCCCAAGCUGCCCGAUAACUUCGCCUUCGACGUGUCCCACGAGUGCGCCUGGGGCUGCCGGGGCAGCUUCAUCCCGGCCCGCUACAACAGCUCGCGGGCCAAGUGCAUCAAGUGCAGCUACUGCAGCCUCUACUUCUCGCCCAACAAGUUCAUCUUCCACUCCCACCGCACCCCCGACGCCAAGUACCUGCAGCCCGACGCGGCCAACUUCAACUCCUGGCGCCGCCACCUCCGGCUGAGCGAGCGGGCCCCGCCGGACGAGCUGGUCUUCGCCUGGGAGGACGUCAAGGCCAUGUUCAACGGCGGCAGCCGCAAGAGGGCCCUGCCUUGCUCCGCCGGGCCGUCCGGGCACCGCCCGACGGGACCCCCGCCGCCGCCGCCGCCCCCGUUGCCUUGCCACGCGCUGGGCUCCGUCAAGGCGGUGGGGCUGGCAGGCGGAGGCGGAGGGGGGCUGCUGGGCCCGCACCUCCUAGCCGGGGGACCCCCGCCGCCGCCCCCGCCGCCGCCCCCGCCGGACUUGAGCCAGAAGCGGCCGCGCUUCGACGACGAGAGCGACCUCCACGAAGCGGUGGCGGCCGCGGCGGCGGCGGCUGCCGCGGCGUCGGCGAUGGCGCAGGGCAAAGCCCCCCGCAGCUACCCGGUCAUGCCGGUGCCCAGCAAGGGGGGCUCCUUCGGGGGCGUCCUGCCCAAGUUCCCCGCCUGCGGGGGGCUCUUCCCGCACCCCUACGGCUUCCCGGCCGCCGCCGCCGCCGCCGCCGCCUUCGGCCUGUGCCACAAGAAGGAGGAGGCUUCCGACGGGCUGGGCGUCGGCGCUCCGGGCGCGGCGGGGGCUUCCAAAGCCGUCGCGGGGGUCCCGCCGGCCGGAGCGGGACUCUCCGGUCUCUUCUGGCCCGGGAAUCGCAAAGACGCGGCCGCGGCAGCCGCCGCGGCUGCCGCCGCUUUCUACCCGCCCUUCUGCAUGUUCUGGCCCCCCCGGGCGCCGGGGGGGCUGCCCGGCUUGCCCACCUACCUGCAGCCGCCGCCGCCGCCGCCGCCCCCUCCUCAACCCCCGGGCUGCUCGUCGCUGGGCGGGGAGAGCUCCCGCCUGCUCCGCCAGGCUUUCCUGGAGCUGGGCGCCGAGCCCGGGGUGGAGGGGGCGGCCGCCGGCGGGCUGGGGUCUCCUCCUGCUGCUGCGGGAGGGGGGGGCAGCAGCCGGGAGCCGCGCGCUUUCGAGGGCGGCGGCGGAGGAGGAGGAGGAGGCGUCGAGGGCGAGGUGGGGGGCUCCCCCCGCUCCGAGGGCGCCCACCUGCUGGAGGCGCCAGCGCGGCCCAAGGGGGUCUCUGCCUACCACCACUCCAGCGCCUUCCGCCCGGUGGGGGGCAAGGAGGACACGGAGAGCUUGGCGAAGCUCCACCAGCACCACCAGCCGUCGGGCCGGCCCGCCUCGCCCCCGCCGCCCCCGCCGCCCCUCCUGCUCCUGCCGGCCGAGCGCCAGCCUGCCCUCCCCCGGCUCCUCUCCCCCAGCGAGGACAGCAUUGUGGGCUAUGCCGUCUUUUAUCUGACUAUCCUUAUAUCUUCCCCUCCUACACCAAUUCCCAAGGUCAUUCUCCCAUCCUGUUACAAC